CGUGUGCGGGAGGGGCGGGUCCUCCUGCUGAGACAAAUAAACAUGGAGGUGAUCUUUCAUGAGAAACAAGAGGGCUCGCUAUGUGCCCAGCACUGUCUCAACAACUUGCUUCAAGGAGAAUACUUCAGCCCCGUGGAACUAUCUUCCAUUGCAAUGCAGCUGGAUGAGCAGGAGCGGAUGAGAAUGGCGGAAGGAGGGGUACAAAGUGCUGAAUAUAGGACAUUCGUGCAACAACCAUCUGGGAACAUGGAUGACAGCGGAUUCUUCUCUAUUCAGGUUAUAAGUGACGCUCUGAGAGUGUGGGGCUUAGAACUGAUCCUGUUCAACAGUCCAGAAUAUCAGACCCUCGACAUCAAUCCUAUAAACGAACGAGCUUUUAUUUCCAAUUAUAAAGAACACUGGUUUACAGUACGAAAAUUAGGCAAACAGUGGUUUAACUUGAACUCCCUGUUGACGGGUCCGGAGCUCAUAUCAGACACUUACCUUGCACUAUUCUUGGCCCAGCUCCAGCAGGAAGGCUAUUCCAUUUUUGUAGUAAAGGGAGACCUACCAGACUGUGAGGCUGACCAGCUACUGCAGAUGGUUCAAGUUCAGCAGACGCAGCGGCCACGGCUCAUUGGAGAGGACCUGGCUGUCCGAAACCAAAGAGUUCAGGCCACUGAGGAGGACGAAGGGACCAGGGUGUUAGAUGGUUCCGCCAUGAUGGACGAGGAUGAAGACAACCUACAGAAGGCCCUUGCCUUAAGCAGACAGCAGAUAGACAUGGAAGAUGAAGAAGCGGAUCUCCGCAGGGCCAUUCAGCUCAGUAUGCAAGGAGGACUUUGCCUGGACGCGACAGAAUCGGCUUCCUCUAGCCAGCCGCAGACGUCAGAGACCUGCACACAGGAAUCGCUGACGCAGGAGGAGCUUCGUCAGAGGAGACAGAUGUACUUUGCCAAGCAGCAGCCGUCAAAGCCUGAACACCAAGAAUCUGCCGAAAAC